CCCUCUACGUAACACUGAGCCCUGCCUCACCUGCACUGCACAGUCCCCAAGAGGGCCUUCUCUCUCCUCUACCCCCUUCUGGCUCGUCUCCGGUGAGUUGGCUACGGUAGAGAUCGGUGAUAAGUUUCAGCGCCGCGGACCGUCCACACUCCGCAGGUACACAAGACAAUUUUUCUGGUCACAGCUGAACAACAUCUGGGGUAUCAGCGCCCCAUUAAAAAUGAAGAAAAUGACACCAAUACAUCUCUGGAUAAUGCUAGUCACUGCCUGCAUUGACCUCUUCCACUUCCCACACACAUCUGCUCAGCAGAACAUCAACUGGGAGACACAGAGAUAUGAUGGAUGGUAUAACAAUCUUGCCUUUCAUAGUCGAGGAGCAGCUGAAGCGCCUUUUAUGCGUCAGUUGCCUGCUCGGUAUGCUGAUGGGGUGUACCAGGCCUUCAGUGAGCCAACAGUGCCGAAUGCACGAAUUCUCAGUAAUAUCAUAUCAAACGGAUCAACAGGACUUCCUUCCAUCAAGAACAGCACGGUGUUGAGUGUUUUUUUUGGAUACCAUGUAAUGUUUGAAAUUUUAGACACAAGGCAUCCUGCCUGCCCCCCUGAGUUCAUGGAUAUUGUAAUUCCACAUGGCGACCCAGUCUUUGACCCCAAUGGGACGGACAGUGUGAGGCUACUGUUUCAGCGAAGUGGGUGGGACCACCGCUCAGGGCACAGCCCCAACAAUCCGAGGAACCAGCUCAAUGAAGUUACCGCAUGGAUUGAUGGAAGCUCCAUUUAUGGAUCUUCCCAUUCUUGGUGUGAUGAGUUACGAAGUUUCUCUGGUGGUCGACUUGCUUCUGGCUCAGACCCACUGCUUCCAAAACCAAGCACUGGAAAGUUGCCGAUGUGGAAUCACCCUGAUCCAACCACUGGCCAGACUGGCCUCCAAGGAUUUUACGAUUUUGGAAAUGCAGCAGCCAACGAAAGCCCAUUCAUCAUGGCAGAGAGUGUCAUCUGGUUCCGCUAUCACAAUUACCUGGCUUCUCAGUUUGAAGCUCUGAACCCCUCGUGGUCUGAUGAAGAUAUAUUCCAGCAUGCUAGAAAAUGGGUGAUUGCCUCAUUUCAGAACAUUGUACUUUAUGAGUGGUUACCAAAAUAUCUGAGAGAAAAUGUAUCUGGCUAUACUGGGUACAAGACGUUUGUCGAUCCUGGCAUCUCGCCUGAGUUUCAAGCUGCUGCCAUCAGAUUUGGGGAUAGCCUGGUACCUCCAGGCGUUUACAUGAGAAACAGGGCUUGUGUAUUCCGUAAAGUCAACUCCACCUACAACGGGGUGUUUCCUGCACUCCGAGUGUGCAACAACUUCUGGAGCAGACAGAGGACAAACCUUCGAACUGGAGCUGAUGUGGAGGACCUGAUUUUUGGGAUGGCAUCUCAAAUCGCUGAGAAAGAAGACAAUAUUAUUGUGGAAGAUCUGAGAGACUACAUGUAUGGACCGCUGAGAUUCUCUCGAUCUGAUCUGAUGGCUCUCACCAUCCAUCGUGGCCGGGAUAAUGGUCUCCCAACAUUUAAUACAGCAAGACGCGCCCUCCGACUCACACCAAUUAGCAACUGGAGUGACCUUCAGCCCAAGUUCACAAACGAAACACAGGAGCUCUUCAACAAGUUGGCCAAGGAAUAUGGGGACGUAUCUGAGCUCGAGCUGUGGCCAGGAGGACUGCUGGAGAGUGAUGGGGCACCAGGGGAACUCUUUACUCAAAUAAUGAUUGAGCAGUUCCAAAGGAUUCGAGACGGAGACAGAUACUGGUUCGAAAAUCAGGAGAAUGGAUUAUUUACAGCCAUGGAAAUCGAUACCAUUCGAAAUAUCACUUUCUUUGACGUCCUGGUGAAGGCCUUAAACACGACAGAAAAUGAAAUUCAGAAGGAUGUGUUUGUCUGGAAAACUGGCGAUCCUUGUCCCCAGCCGAAGCAGUUGACCACUGAUGAUCUGGAGCCUUGUAUCGGCGCAAUGCGAUUGGACUAUUUUGAGGGGAGUGGAGCUGGCUUCGGGAUUAUCGUCGUCAUACUCUGCUGUCUACCAUUAAUCUGCCUGAUCCCUGCAUAUGCUGUUGCUUAUUACCGUAAGACUCAGUUUAAGAAACUACAAAGAAGGAAUAGGCGCGAGUCUAUAAAGAAAACUGAACUCGGAGCAGGAAUAAAAGCCUGUGAGUGGCAGGGACCCAAUGAAGUGCUGCGACCAGUGGAUAUUUACUUUGAUGUCAAAAGUUGCAUCAAGGUCCUGGAUAGCAAACGAUCUCCCAUCCGCAUCAUCAGUCUCACCAAGGACAUAGACAUCAUUAAAUCAAACAAUGACCAAAGGAUCCUGAUGAUUAAAGUUCCCAAAGAGUAUGAUUUGGUUUUGUUCUUUGAUACAGAAGAGGAUCGUUAUGAUUUUAUUGAACAGCUGAGAGUUCAUCUACAGGCCAAUAAUGCACAACUGAAUCUGGUAGAAAUGAGUCAGAAAACCAUCUUAAAGGAAGCAGUUACUAAACAGCAACGAAGCAAGAUUUUGGAUACAUUUUUCCGGCGAGUGUUUGCACAGGUUCUGGAAAUUGACAGGUCAGAUGCUGGGGAUUUCAACACAGAAAUCUCACGCAAGACAAAAGAGUCCCUGAACUGUGAGCUGACCCGUGUGGAGUUUGCCGAUGCGCUGGGAUUGAAAGAAGAUUCCAUGUUUGUGGAACAGAUGUUUUCACUGGCAGACAAAGAUGGGAAUGGUUACCUAUCCUUCCGAGAGUUCCUUGAUAUUCUCGUCAUAUUCAUGAAAGGAUCACCUGAAGAGAAGUCAAAGCUUAUGUUCCGGAUGUAUGAUGUAGAUGGAAAUGGGUUCCUGUCCAAAGGCGAAUUCUCUGUAUUGUUGAGGUCCUUUAUUGAGAUCUCCAACAACUGCUUAUCAAAAGCACAAGCGGAAGAAGUCAUGGAUUCACUGUUCAAGGAGGCAGGAUUCCAGGACAAGGAAGACUUAACCUGGGAGGAUUUUCAUUACUUGUUCCGGGAUCAUGGCGACGAGCUGGAGCUUGCCAAACUCAAUGUGAAAGGUAUGGAUAUCCGAGAGAAAUCAAACAAGCACCUCAGGGUCUCCUUCCUCAAAGCAAACCCAUACAAAAACAUGCAGGAAUCUGCUGUGGAACAUAUUGGACAAGAGUUCCGAAACCGAGACAGACUCAACAAAAAAUCUCCUUACCAUCGCCCCAGACCCUACACUGAAGCGAAACGGGAAAAGUACAACCGGAGCAAAGUGCACCAGAAAGUUCAACAGUUUAAGCGAUUCAUUGAGAACUAUCGACGCCACAUAGUUUGUGUUCUGAUCUUCUAUGGUAUAGCAGCUGGCGUGUUUGUGGAACGAGCUUAUCACUAUGCAAUCAGUGCAGAAACAACUGGGAUCCCACAAACAACAUACGUUGGCAUUAUCAUAUCACGUGGUUCAGCAGCCAGUGUCUCCUUCAUGUACUCCUACAUCCUCCUUACGAUGUGUCGUAACCUCAUCACUUUCCUGCGUGAAACCUUCCUCAACCGUUACAUUCCCUUUGACGCUGCUGUGGACUUUCAUCGUUGGAUUGCGAUGUCGGCUGUUGUACUCGCAAUUUUUCACAGUGCUGGACAUGGUGUGAAUGUCUACUCGUUCUGUGUCAGCUCCCUAAGCAGCCUUGCCUGCCUGUUUCCCAGUGUGUUCUUCGAUGAUGGAUCAGAGGUCCCACAAAAAUACUACUGGUGGUUCUUUGAGACCAUUCCAGGAAUGAGCGGCGUGCUAAUUCUUGUCGUCAUGGCGAUUAUGUAUGUGUUUGCCUCGCGCCAGCUCCGUCGGAUGAGCUUCCGAGCUUUCUGGGUGACUCACCACCUAUACGUCAUCCUGUACAUUCUGAUACUCAUUCAUGGGAGUUCGAAUCUGAUUCAGCAACAGAGUUUCUAUUUGUACUUCAUUGCACCUGGACUUAUCUACUUGUGUGACAAACUCAUCAGUCUUAGCAGGAAGAAGAAAGAAGUCACAGUUGUCAAGGCUGAUUUGCUGCCCUCAGGUGUAACUUACCUUGAAUUUAAACGGCCCCAGGACUUUGAGUACAAGUCUGGGCAGUGGGUGCGUAUCGCAUGCAUAUCCCUGGGCGCUGAUGAGUACCAUCCUUUCACACUGACCUCGGCCCCAAACGAAGACACUCUCAGCCUCCAUAUCAGGGCUGUGGGGCCCUGGACGACAAAGCUACGAGAAACUUACUCACCAGAGAAUGUUGGAAAACUCGGAGGCAACCCGAAGAUAUAUCUGGAUGGGCCUUUUGGUGAGGGCCAUCAAGAAUGGAACCAAUUUGAGGUGUCUGUUCUGGUUGGGGGAGGCAUUGGCGUUACACCAUUUUCAUCAAUUCUCAAAGAUCUCGUCUUCAAGUCAUCUGUGUUCAGCAAGAUAGCCUGCAAAAAGGUCUAUUUUAUCUGGGUGACUCGGACUCAGCGGCAGUUCGAAUGGAUGGCAGAUAUAAUUCGCGAAGUCGAGGAGAGCGAUAAAAAUGAUCUGGUUUCUGUCCAUAUCUACAUUACCCAACUAGCUGAAAAAUUUGAUCUCAGAACCACUAUGUUGUAUAUCUGUGAGCGCCACUUUCAGAAAGUGUCGAACCGAAGCUUAUUCACAGGACUUCGUUCUAUCACUCACUUUGGAAGACCCCAAUUUGUUCCGUUCUUCAACUCACUGCAGGAAGUUCACCCAGAGGUGGGAAAAAUUGGAGUUUUCAGCUGUGGACCACCAGGACUGACCAAAAAUGUGGAGAAAGCUUGUCAACAAAUCAACAAGAGAGACCAAGCUCACUUCAUGCAUCAUUACGAGAACUUCUGACCAAAGGAAAAGAUGAGCAGAAAAGAUAAUAGUUUAUCCUUGAAAAAUAUUAUCACAGGACAUUUACUCUAUGUGUAUCGAAUUUUCCACAUUCUCAGAUCUCAAUUGUACACUUUUUUCUUCGCCUGGUUUAAAAGCAAUCCGAAAUCGAAACCUUCAAAUUGCUUCGAUGAUGUUGAAUGUGAUCACAUGCUGCCCACCACUAGAUGGUGCAAUUGUUAAUGUUUAUUCCUGCUGGGAUUGGAGGACCAGUAGAACACUAAAUUCUAGUGAAAGCUACAUUCUCCUCGGUUGCAAGGCCAUUUUAAAAAUGUUUUUUGUAGUUUUCAAAUGUUUUGCUCGAGAUACCCUUGGGGAAGUGGUAUGGUUGGAAGAGCUUGGCUAGGUUGUCAAUGGGCUUGUGGUUUGUACGUGGUACUUUGGAAGCAAAGGGACUAAUGGUUCAAGUAGGAUUUUCUUCAGUGAUUGUUGUCUUCACUUGCUAUUCAGACUCUCAGAAGUUACAUGGGGGUAUCAGUAUCUUGAUAAAUCCUUGUAGGGAUAGUCAGACAUUGCUAAGUGAAGGAAGUUGAAGGAUUUGAUAGCUGAAUGUCGAUAUAUCCUUCUGAGGUUAAGACGUAACAUUGUAAGAAAAUGGGAGUGAGAAGCCGAUGGUCUAAUGGUGCUAUCACUUAGAUUAUUACUCCAGAUACUCAAGUAAUGUCUGGGGACCUGGGUUCAACUCCUGCCGUGGCAGAUGGUGGAAUUUGACUUUUAUAAAAAGUUCAAUUAAGAGUCUAAUGAGGACCAUGAAUCCAUUGUUGGCUGUUGGAAAAACCCAUUUCGUUCACUAAUGCCCUCUGGGGAAGGAAACUGCCAUCCUUACCCGGCUUGGCCUCCAUGUGGCUCGAGAAUCAUAGCAAUGCUGUUGACUGUUAACUGCACUUGGGGCAAUUAGGGAAGGACAAUAAAUGUUGGUCUAGCCAGCAAUCCCCACAUCCUGUGAAUGAAUGAGUGAGUAAAGAAGGGCAGGGCAGGUGUCGUUAGCUGUUGUAGGGGCUUUGACUUGGAAACGCAAUUCCAUGGGUGCAAUUUUCAGGCAUUGAAAUGGCCUCUUAUGCUUCCAUUAUGGCAGGAUUGAAAAUGCUCUGCCUGCUAUAUUGCACUGGGCUUCUUUGUGGAGGGAGGCAUGUGAAAACAGUCUGAGUAAUCCAGCAGUUAUGUCACAGUGGGAUAGCUGAUACACAGCGUGUAAGACGAGGAGAUACAGGCAAGUGAGAGCUGCACGUGAGCAAGGAGGAGGAGGCAAUGUAGUGAGGGAUGUGUUUGUAGGAGAGGGAUUUGAAGUGGGGCAGGGGAAAUUGAGUGUGGAGGCAGCAAGUGAUGAUAGUGUGGACAACCAACAGGAGAACAUGCUCUUACCCUGAUGACCCUGGUGAAAUCAUGGAGAUUCGUUGUCGCUUGGAGCAUGACCAUUCGUACAGGCACACCAGUGUGGAGUGAUACCAGUUCCAAGAUUGGAUAAAUCUCGGGCUGAAGGCCAUUUGACUCGAAAACUAGGCACUGAUUUGAAACAACAAUUGAUGUGAAUGGAAAUAACACCCAUCCCAGGGUGUACCCUGUUGGCAAUGAUCAGGCUCCCCAUCUGUGAACUGGACAGGAACUUGACCAUGCAGUGGUUAAAGAUAACCAGUAAUGGAGAAGUGUUAAGUUCAAACAGCAUUGUGUCCCCCAAAUAAAAGGGAGGAUGUGGUCAUCCUUGGAACUAAGGCUAUUGAAUGUUUCAGCACCCUUUCUUCACCUCGUACAUGAAGGGCUUUCUAUCCUCUGGGAGAAAGAGGAAGAUGGCAUCAAAGCAGCAUCAGAGAAACUCAGUGCUCUCCCCAUGCUUCCAAGAGCCACCUUUCCUUUUUCCUGAGUUAAUACCCUUUUAAAAGGAUCGGCCCUAUGUUUAACACCCCUUAAAAAGGCUACUGAACACCAUGGGCAGUCCCGGCCACAUGUUUAUGGCAUGGCAAUGAACGGCCUGGAGUAACGCUAAUGGGUGCAAUAGUACCCAUUGUGCCUCGUACACAUCCAAACCUGACCCUGCCCUUCAGCAUGCCCGCUUCCACAAAAGGCCAACAUCCUUUGCCACUCUCUCCUUUAAGAAGCUUUUGCCACCAUGUCUGAGCAGGGAGCUGGCAGACCUUGGCACCGUUUUCAAUGUGCCAGGAUCACUUUCAUGGCAAAGCGUUCCAAAAGUGAUUUACAUUGUCUCACUGUGGGAGAGGUUUUUUUUAAAAACUGAAAUCACUCAAUCACCUUUCCAUAGACAUGGCACCAAAUGGAAGUACUUUUUAUUUGUUAAUUAGAUUGAACGGAUGUUGAUUAUUUAUUAAUACUAUCUUUAGAAACUGACGAUUGUAGAGGAACGUUUGCUGUGUGUAACUGUACUUUUUGACAAUGAAAUGUAAACAAUAUAAAAUCAUGUGAACUGUGCGUUACUGGUUAUGAUAUGGAUGUUGCUUCCACUG